GAGGCCACACAUGGCCAAGGUCAGAACCAUGGUCCUCAGCAUGAAGAUAGAGGCUGGGGGCCUCUGUUGUGGCUCCCUGAGCUCUGACAACAAGGAAGCACUUUUGCAAUAUAGGAAAAGAAGAAACCAGAUUGAUAAAGGAAGUGCUGGUUACUCUGGGUGCUGGUGAGUUUGGGGAAGGCUCUCACCCUCCCUUGCUCCUCUGAAGGGGCCUGAUCCACGCUCUCCAGGUGCCUCUCGACUCCCCAAGGAGGCGCCCCCUAGGGCCUCCCCUGGCCUUGACAGAGCUGCUUGUCUUCUCCUCCCCUGGGAAGUGAGGCAAUGGGUCUGUCCCUGCUGCUGUCUCUGCUGCUGUUGCCGACAUGUCUGCAGGCUGGUAGCUCAGAAGAAUGUGAUUUAAAUCCUGACUUUGGGAUCGAGCAACCAGCUCACCUCUCAGCCCCCAUGGGUGGCUCCGUCCAUAUCAAUUUCUCCUUCUAUUACUGCUGGGAGUUAGCCAACGAUCCCAGAGUGAGUAUAGCCUUGAGAUGGAAACACUUCCAUGGGGAGGCCAUCUACAACAGUACUCAGCCUUUCAUCCAUGAGAAGUACAAGAACCGCAUCUUCCUGAACUUGCCAAAGGGUCAGAAGAUUGGCUCCCUGCAGAUAUCGAACCUGCGGAAGGAGGAUGAGCAUAUAUACUUUUGCCGGGUCCAAGUGGAAACACUAAGAGACGGCACAAAGGUGUGGCAGUCCCUCCAGGGGACCAGACUCACCGUCACCCCCGCUGCCAAGAGGACCACCGAGGGCCCCACCACCACUGCCCCCACCACCACUGGCCUCAGUGUCUUGGAAGACCCUAGGAGCUCAGCGUCCUCACCCCUGAGUGGGGGAGCUGCAGUUGGGGUGGCACUGGCUGGUGCUGUGCUCAUAAUUGCAAUUUUGGGACUGAUACUCUACCUCAGGUGGAAGAGAAGAAAAGGCCUGCAGACUAAAGCCAGAACUGUAACUAGGGGAUCCUUCCAAAACACUGAGGAGAAAUAUGAGAACAUUGGGAUUCAAAGACAACAAACAGAGCCCCAGCUGGAGCCCCAGCUGGAGCCCAAGAAUGAAGCCCAGGACAACAGCGGCAUCCUCUAUGCCUCCCUCACUCUCUCCAGCUCCUCAUCACUGGCAGCAUCUCCCUGCAUCCCUCCCAAGGAGAGCCCCCAGGAGGAGACCCUAUAUUCUCUCAUAAAGGCCUGAUGAGUGGGACUGAAGGACGACCUCCUUAGACUAAGCUGCCCAGCGGGUCACAGCUUCUGAUAAUAACCCCGGCCAGACACAGAAGACUCAGAAGUCAGCAGGUGUGGAAGGCCACCAAGGACCGCAGAAAAACAGAGCCAUCUGCUCCAACUCCCUCUCUGCCUUCCCAGCCCUUGCCCACAAGAAUAAAAGUACCUAGAAUUUGCCCCAAGGCAUCUAAGGAGAAAACUGAUGGCACCUUCCACUUCUGUCUUUUCCUUCUCGCCAAAAAUGAACUAUAAUAAAGAGCUCACACCUGAGAUCCCUCCCCCAGUCCUGGAGUUCGGUGACUGCCUUGGGGUGGGGAACAGUAAACCCGGAAUGCUGGUAGCCAGCCCAGAACCCAGGGUCUGCCCCUCCUCUACCCAUUCUCUUUCCCCUCUGAUCAGAACGAGCAUGUGUCAAGUGCACCACCACAUUAAGCAUCUCCAACAAGCUGAGCUGGGACUGGAUGCACUCACCUGAGGCGUGAAGAGACCACAAUGGUUAGUGCUUUUCUCCAGGCCACGCACCUAGUAAGUGGCUGAGCCAGGGGUCUGAACCCAGACCUACCCUUCUCGACAGCCUUCUUCCAGGACUCGGGUGUCCCCGCCUUCCCAGAUCUCUAUACUGUGCCAGCCUCCCAUGGAAACAGGGAUGUGCCA